AUGAGUGCAAUAAUCGAGGAGGACGGCCAUCAUGAGCCAAUCAAGGUCCUCAUUACCAUGCAUGAAGGCAUGAAUGCCAUGGACCUUGUUGGGCCAUUGGAGGUCUUCAGCUCUGCUAGGCAUGACAAGAACGAUCCAGAAUCCAAAGCGUUCCGUGUAAUCUUCGCGGCCACCAACGAGCACGUGCCUACCAUGGAAGGCGCAUCUCUCCGUGCCCACAUCACAUAUGAAGAGGCCAUGAAGCGUCUGGCCGAGAUCGACAUCCUCGUCAUCCCUGGCGGCGGCACCGAGCCUUUGUUGAAGACCAAGGACCAGCCCUUCAGCAUCAUCAAGGCAUUCACGGAAUUGCAGAAGAAGAAUCCGGCCCGUGAGCGUACCCUGAUGUCGGUCUGUACCGGAUCCCUCAUCUUGGCCGAGUUGGGUAUAUUGAGCGGCCUGUCUGCUACUACCCAUCCUGACUUCAUCACCAAGAUGGAGAUCAUCUGCUCUAACGCCGCCCAGCGCGACAUGGCUGAUCGCUGCGAUGUCAUGGAAGCUCGCUACGUCGUCAAUAACCUUCGCUUCGAGCUUGGCGAGAACGAGGAGGACAAUCCAUACAUUAUGAGCAGGAAAGAGUACAAGGACCAGAAACGCAGGCGCUCCUCGCAAGCAGGCAUCUCUCCCAUCGAGGAGAGGUCGAACGGCUCAGGCAGACGCGCAUCUAAUGCUCGCAAGGGAAGCAUCAGCCUCAAGAUGAGCAAUAUGCGCCGUGAGAGCGUUCUUAAGCGCGCCAACCUGCGUCUCGGUGGGCUGCGUGUCCUGACCACCAGCGGCGUCACCUCUGGCAUGGAUGGUGCAUUGUAUAUGGUGGGUGCCUUGGUCUCCGACGACGCGGCCGAGGAGACCGCCCGCAAGAUGUGUUAUGAUUGGAAGAAGGGCACCGUCGUUGACGGUCUCGAUGUUUAA